AUGCAAGCGAUCAGGUCUCUGUUUGUCACAAAAUGGUCCUCAGAUGUGAAUCUAGAUGGGAAGACUGCUCUAGUAACAGGGGCCAACGUUGGAAUAGGCAAAGAGACGGCUAAAGACCUGGCUGGCAGAGGUGCACGGGUGAUUUUGGCCUGCAGAGACAUGGUGAAGGCAGAACAAGCUGCCCGUGACAUCAUGAGGGAGGUGAAGGGAGCCAAAGUAGUCGCCAAGCAACUGGAUCUGGCUGACACCAAAUCGAUCUGCCAGUUUGCAGAGAACGUCUACAACACUGAGAAGGCUCUUCACUUCCUGAUCAACAACGCAGGCGUGGCUAUUUGUCCUUAUGGCCUCACAGCGGAUGGACAUGAAAUGCAGUUUGGAGUCAAUCACUUAGGUCACUUCUUCCUGACCUUUCUGUUACUGGACCUGCUGAAGCACUCCGCCCCAUCUCGGGUCAUAAACCUUUCGUCAGCGGCUCACAAUAUGGGGAAGAUCGAGUUUGAUGACCUGAAGGGGGAGAAAGACUACCACCCUGUUAGGGCGUAUGCACAGAGCAAGCUGGCAAAUGUCCUGUUCACCAGAGAGCUGGCCAAAAGGACUGAAGCUCUCGGUGUGACUGCCUAUGCUGUGGACCCUGGUAUGGUGAACACUGAGAUAACAAGGCACUUCAGGCGCCCCAUAAUGGAUUUAGUCACAACCUUCAAAUUUCUGAGCAAAACCCCAGCAGAGGGAGCCAGAACCACCAUCUACUGCACCGUCACCCCGGAGAACCUGCUGCCCACUGGAGGAUACUACAGGGACUGUGCGCUUGCAAAGAGCUGCUGGGCAGGUCAGGAUGAUGGCACUGCCUUGAAGCUGUGGGCUGUGAGCUGCCAGAUGCUUGGCAUCCGCUGGAGAUAACUUACAUUAUGCUUUUCUUCAUGCAUUAAAGCAAUACUUAUUUGCAGAUGCACUGACACCCUGGAUUUACAAAUUUUAUGCUAUUGCUAAGUUGAAUGGUGAAUAUGGUGAACUAAUGUGUUUGUGGUGGACAAAUAAAAGUGCACGUAGAUAGAAAUGCAAAUGCUUUGGUGAAUGCUGAAAAUGUAAUUUGUGAACUAAGAUUGAAACAAGAGUCUAAAGAACUCAUUGUGGUAAAGUUUGAUUUCUAAACUUGUAAAAGCUGUGAUGAUAUUGGAGAUGAUGGCGAGCUGCUGAAAAUAAAAAUGUCACUGAUUAAAUCCAAACUGC